GUAGCGACGACCAGAGGCAAGAUGGCGACUCCAGAAGACAUCGCUGCCCUGAAGGAGACCAUCGCGUCUCUCACCAAGAUGAUCGAGGACCAGAAGAAACAGAUGGAGGAGAUCCGAGGGUUCAUGAAGACGGUGGCGCUCAAGUCUGGGCAGAAGUUCGACUUCAAGGCCAUGAUGACGUCAUCGAUGACGUCAAGCAGCGCGUCCAGCACAACAAAGAAGAUGAGCAUGGAAUCUAAGAUGACAGCAAUCACAACGAAAAUCUCCAAGUACUCGGUAUUUGCCAGCACGACCACCACUGUAGUGAUGACAAGCUCAACCGAGCUCAGCGAGAAGACCUCAGUCACUCGCGCCAAGUUCUCGUGCGUGGAGACGGCGACCGAAGCCGGAGCCUGGUGUGCGGCUACAAACGACGACAAACAGUUUCUUCUGAUCGACCUGGAGUCCGCUCAGCUGGUGACCGGGAUCGUCACACAGGGGAGGAACUCCAGCCCGGACUGGCCGGACGGACCCACACAGCAGUGGGUCACGUCAUACAAAAUCUCCUACGGGCUGGAGAAUGGAGACGAAACGGAGUACAAGAAAGCCAAUGGAGAAGCCUUAAUCUUUAAGGGCAAUGCCGACACGGACACACCUGUAAGCCACGCCUUUAAGACGUACAACGGCACCUUCACGGCCAGGUACAUCAAGAUCCACGUGCUCACCUGGCAUGAGCACAUCGCCAUGAGGGCGGACGUCAUCAUUGAGGAUGAAACGAAGAAGCUGGAGGUGCAGAUGAUGGAAGUGGAAACGACCAAGACAACCAUCGCAGAAUCCGUGUCUGUGACCUCCGUGAUGGCAAGCAGUACCACAACUGUAGUGAUGACUAGCUCAACCGAGCUCAGCGAGAAAACUUCCAUCACUCGGGCCAAGUUCUCGUGCGUAGAGACGGCGACUGAGGCCGGGGCUUGGUGUGCGGCUACAAACGACGACAAACAGUUUCUUCUGAUCGACUUGGAGUCCGCUCAGCUGGUCACCGGGAUCGUCACACAGGGGAGGAACUCCAGCCCGGACUGGCCGGACGGACCCACACAGCAGUGGGUCACGUCAUACAAGAUCUCCUACGGGCUGGAGAACGGAGACGAGACGGAGUACAAAAACUCUAAGGGAGAGGCUGUGAUUUUUAAGGCAAACGUCGACACCGACACCCCUGUGAGCCACUCCUUCAAAGCCUACAGCGGCACGUUCACGGCAAGAUACAUCAAGAUCCACAUCGUCACUUGGCACGAGCACAUCGCCAUGCGGGCGGACAUCAUCAUUGAGGACGACACAAAGAUACAGAUAAAGAAAGAAGAGGAGAAGACAGUCAUUGCAGAAACCGUGACGGAGACGUCAGUCAUGGCUAGCAGCAGCAUCUCAGUCGUUGUAACGACCUCUACCGAGCUGGACGUGCGUUACACCGUCACCCAGGCCAAGUUCGGCGUCGUGGAGACCAAAGACGAAGCCGGAGCCUGGUGUGCGGCUACAAACGACGACAAACAGUUCCUUCUCAUCGACUUGGAGCAGGAGAAGCUCGUCACCGGGAUCGUUACACAAGGCAGAAACUCCAGUCCGGACUGGCCGGACGGACCGACUAGCCACUGGGUCACGUCAUACACACUGUCGUAUGGACUGGAGAAUGGAGACGAAAACCAGUACAAGGACGCCAAAGGAGAACUUAAAAUUUUCAAGGGCAACAAAGAUACAGACACUCCGGUGACGCACAACUUUGCGCAGCUUAACGGCCCCUUCAAAGCGCGUUACGUCAAGAUCCACCCAGUGACUUGGAAUGAUCACAUCUGCAUGCGGGCCGACAUGAUCGUGGAGGAUGAGGCUAAAAAGGCGAUAAAGGAGGUCGCAAAGAAGGAAGAAACAAUGACCGUCAUCGCUGAAAGCGUUACAGAAACGUCCGUCAUGGCAUCUUCAAGCAUCAUGGUCUCCGUGACGACCUCUACCGAGCUGGACGUGCGUUACACCGUCACCCAGGCCAAGUUUGGCGUCGUGGAGACCAAAGACGAAGCCGGAGCCUGGUGUGCGGCUACAAACGACGACAAACAGUUCCUUCUCAUCGACUUGGAGCAGGAGAAGCUCGUCACCGGGAUCGUUACACAAGGCAGAAACUCCAGUCCGGACUGGCCGGACGGACCGACUAGCCACUGGGUCACGUCAUACACACUGUCGUAUGGACUGGAGAAUGGAGACGAAAACGAGUACAAGGACAAGAAGGGAGAACUAAAAAUCUUCAAGGGUAACAAAGACACAGACACGCCAGUCACCCAUAACUUCGCUGAGUUCGGCGGACCGUUCAAUGCACGUUAUGUCAAGAUCCACCCAGUCACGUGGAACGACCACAUCUGUAUGAGAGCGGACAUGAUCGUUGAAGAUCCGGUGAAAAAGCAACUGAACGAAGUGGCCAAGAAGGAAGAGCAGAUGACAGUUAUUGCUGAAAGUGUCACAGAAACAUCGGUGAUCGCCAGCAGCGUUACUAUGGUUUCUGUCACCACUUCCACGGAGCUGGACGUGCGUUACACCGUCACCCAGGCCAAGUUUGGCGUCGUGGAGACCAAAGACGAAGCCGGAGCCUGGUGUGCGGCUACAAACGACGACAAACAGUUCCUUCUCAUCGACUUGGAGCAGGAGAAGCUCGUCACCGGGAUCGUUACACAAGGCAGAAACUCCAGUCCGGACUGGCCGGACGGACCGACUAGCCACUGGGUCACGUCAUACACACUGUCGUAUGGACUGGAGAAUGGAGACGAAAACGAGUACAAGGACGUGAAAGGAGAACUAAAAAUCUUCAAGGGCAACAAAGACACAGACACGCCAGUCACCCAUAACUUUGCUGAGUUCGGCGGACCGUUCAAUGCACGUUAUGUCAAGAUCCACCCAGUCACAUGGAAUGACCAUAUCUGCAUGAGGGCAGACAUGAUCGUUGAGGACGGUAAGCACAAUGGGAGACUUUGA